ACACAAUUCUUAAUUGUCAGACGAGAAAAAUAAAUAAACAUUUAUAUUUGUUUGGAUUUUUAUUAAAUUAUGAACUUAAAAAGAAAUAAGCAUUUUUUUGAUUUAUAUUGGGAGGAUAUAUUGGUGGCUAAAGUAAUUCCCUAUUUAAACAUACGGGAAUGUUUUAAUUUUCGAUGCGUUUCUAAAACAUGUCUUCAAAUUAUAAAUAUGUAUUUCGCAAAACUUACAACACUGAAGCUCAUAAAUAACGGAUUUUCUCCACACACAUUUCAAGUCUUCGCUGUGAAUUGUACUAGAUUAAAAGUUCUUAAUCUCAGUAGGUGUGCUUCCAUCACUGACGCGGAAUUGAUUCCUAUACUACUCAACAAUAAAGGGCUGAUUAGUUUAAAUUUAAGUCAAUGUAAAAAUUUGUCUGCUAAAUGUUUACAGCCUGCGAUAUUGUACUGUAGUAAUUUGCAAGUCUUAAAGCUGUCUAAAUGUUAUUGGCUGACAACAGGAGCAAUGGAGGCCCUGGCACUUCACCAGAGUUUACUGGAAGAAGUGGAUUUAGCACACUGUGCAGCAAUAUCAGAAGGUUGCAUACUUAUAUUUAUUAAGAAAUUUAGAAAUUUGAAGACUCUGAAUUUAGAAGGCAAUAAACAGAUCACCGACAAGUGUCUGCACACUAUGGCCAAGUACAGCAAGUCUUUAAAACUACUCAACUUAGGAGGCUGCUCAGAAAUUACAGAUAAAGGUGUAAGGGCUCUCGCAUUCAACUGUCCAAAAUUGGAAGGCCUUCUUGUGCGAGGUUGUACAAAAGUUACAGAGAAUAGUUUGCAACUGAUGAGAAACAGAGUCCAUUUGGAUAGAAGACCAACGGAACCCGUUCCAGCUCCGGAGUUUGUAGCAAUUUAAUGUACAACUAUCAUAGCCUUAUAUAAAUAAAUUGAACUGGUGUUAAUAGUACGACAAAUAGAAGAUCUAGCAAAUGUUUUCCAUUACAUACAAUAUUUCAUAAUCUUUUUUGUGCGUAUAUCCGUAGGUAUAAUGACAAUCUUAUUUUUUUUACUGAAAUAUGACAAUUCUCUCUUUGUGCUAUAAGGAAAUAUGUAGCAAAAUGAUAGGAUUAAAUUUUAUGUAUUUUAUUAUGUUCAGUACAGAUGCGUUGGACCUUUUUUCUUGCUGCUCCUAAAACAGCAGCUGUUAAUAUCUAUUAUAAUAUCAAUUUAAAUAAGAUCUCUUAUUUUUUUGCAAUUUAUCCUAAUAAUGGAAAAGGGUUGUGCCAUUAAUACCUCAUAGAAUAGUUUUAUUUAAAAUUUACUUUAUUUUGUUUAGAUUUUUAUUUUAAUUUCAUGAAUAUUUUGAAUAAAAACGAAAUAAAAUGCACUGUUAUAAAAUUUUGAUUCAAUAUUGAACUAACUAUAAGGCAUCUAUAAAUUUUCGAGUAAAAUAAUUGUAUUUAAGGGAA